AGACCGUCGUCCGUGACAGGGCUGUCUGCCCUUCAGUGAUCAAACCUGUCGGCAAUUAAGAUUUUAAUGACGCUAAUGUGCGUGUUGGCGGACGCCGCUUGUGAAAAUAAUUGAUUUACUUACCAUAUUGUGUACCAGGCACCAAUCAUGAUGGUUUAACAACAUUUGACAAUGUUAGAUUGAAUUGUUCUUGGGUAUGUCGUUUACCAGCGAGCUGGAUAUUUGUGGAGGGGUAGCGUCCCAAGGAAUAAUUGUGAAGCCUGUUUUUAUGGAGAACGAACUGCAACAAUGCACAUUGAAGGGAGAAGACAUUGGGGAAACUCAGGUUGUCAAUGAGGAGGCAGUUGUGAAUACGAACGGAUAUUCAUUGGAUGAAGUAGUUGACCAGACAAAGUCAACGAUGUAUUUCGUACAGAGCCUAGAGGGCUGUGAUAUGGUCAAAUUUGAAGAGUCCAUGGACACCGUUCCGCUGACGGAGGAUUCGUCAAUCAUUGAGAAGUGGGUUUGCGAGAAUGUCGAGGAACCUGUCACAAAGGAACAUGAGGAAUCCGAGGAGCAAGAGGAUGACGAGGAGACAAUCGCCACUUUUGUUACCGCGGCAGGACAACAGUUGGCUCUCUAUUCCGUGGAAGACUCGGACGAAGUAUUCGCUGUAGCUGUCUACAAUGGCGAAUCCGAUGAACCUCCGAAUAACUUUCAGUUUCUUAUGAAAGCAGAUGUGGAACGUCUGAUAGGCGAGGGUGCCGUACGAACGGUCAAGAAACCGUCGCAGAUGAAAAGACGAGUGUUUACCGCCGAACCACCAACGUUUUAUCGCAAGGAGGAAUCCGAAGAGAUAAACGACAAGAUUUCCGACUGCGAUACAUCAGUCGAUUGUAAGAAGGACGUUGUACAGGACGAGAACAGUAUAGAACACAAUUAUGAAACUUAUCGAAACUUUAGCGACUUUACUAAAAUUAAUUCGAAAUUUAGUGAUAGUGUUGGCACAGAUGUCAACAACUCGGAUAUUACAUAUCUCAUGAUGGAUGACAAUUUUGUGAAUGCUGCUGAGCAACCAGACGAAAGUCAAAAUAAUCUCAAAUUAGAGGACGAGUUUGUGGAACAUUCAACAGUGCAAUAUAUCCUCCUAGAAGCUGAUUAUCAGUCAGAUUCGGAGCUGACGUUUGAUGAGAUCUUGACGACGUUACAAAAUAUGAAGAUUUCCCGUAAGAAAUCUUUCGAAAUGAAUGACAAGAGAUCUAACGAGUUGCAAGACGAUUGCUCAAGUAUUCAGCAAAAUUUGCAUGAAUCUUCGAUUAAGGUCAAACGUUCAUCGUUCAGUGAGGACACAGAUCAAUGUGAGUCUCCGCCGUCGACGAUUGACCGAACAUCCAGUUUGGAGGCGGAUCGGCAACGAUUAAUCGACGCAUUGACUGAUUCACCAUCGACGGCAACAACGAACCUCCCACAGACGCCAUUGAAGGUAAAGCGGUCACGCAAGCAGCAAUUGAUCUCAGUGGAUCGGGAUGACGGAGAGAUCAUCAUUCAGCCCGCGUCGAUGAUGAACGAAGAGAUAACUGGCAAGAAACGUACAGUCCGACGACGUCAGUUGUCGUCGCAGAUACGCGUCGCCAUGGCCAACUCAAAGGGGAUUAGGCAAACGAAGCAAGAUAAAAAACUGAAGCGGCGGAAGGUCGUAGAAGUAAUUGAUUUGGACGUCGAUGAGGAAGAGCAGCAAACGAGAGGAGCAAACAUAGUGGAAAUCACUCUGGACGAUAACAAGGACGAUAAAUAUUCUAGCGACAAAGAGAACGAAAUCAUUAUGGUGAGGGACUCUGACUCCGACGAUAGCAGCGACGAUGAGGAGGAAGAGGAAAGGGAUAACGAAUGGCAGCCUGGUGGUAGUUUAACAAAGUUCAAUAACGUGAUACGUUGCAAAUAUUGUUCUAAGAACUUUCGGUACCGGCGUACUCUCAAAAUGCACCUCUUGGUGUGCCAAAAAUCGCCGGAGAAGGUUCUCAAUCUUGACAAGAGAAAAUCGGUAAAGGACAAGGAAAAUCAAAGUGCCAAAAAGGAGUUUACCUGUAAGAUUUGUCAGGAGAAAUUUGAUAUGGUUGUUGCCCUGGCGCGUCACGUUCGCUCGGCGCAUUCACAGAGAAAGAAGCAGAAGCUGAGCUUCUCUUCGGCAAAGACUUCGAGCAAAUCCCUAAGAUCAGUUCAAAGGGGAAUGACUUCGACGGAAGAGGAGGAGGAAUCAGACGAAGACGAAACGACAAAGACAGAUCUCAGUAUGCUCGCCAGAGUGAAGAGAAAACGGAAACAGAUUAAUUACUCGUUGGAUACGAAAAAACUCAAUUGUGCGGACUGCGGCCGGUGGUUCCCAAGUACCGCUCUAUUAAACGCGCAUAGCUUGCAGCAUGGCACUAAGAAAUCAGAGCAACUACGCAAGUGCCGUAUCUGCAAGAAGCUCAUCAAGUCCAGAUUGCUAUUUCUGCGACACUUGCGAAUGCACAACGAUACACGGCACAACUCCAGCAGCUCUUCGUCCACAAUGCUGCGGCGGAAACUGCGCGCCCGGCCAAGUAAAGUCGCAUCACCUCGGAAACGGGGUCGACCGAGGAAACUUUGAUCUUUUUCGCUUGCAAGCAACGUGUACAAUAUUGCACUCAUACCAUCACCAUCGUUCGGAGUUCAUUAACGGAGUUUCGUUUUACUUUUUUUCUCAAAAAUUACUCGAAAUGACGUCACUUUUACGAUUAGUUUGAAUGUAAAUAGUGCAUAAUAACAUAAUGUUUACAUAUCUCUCUUUCCUGUUUAUGUUCGAAAAUCACUUAUUAGGAAAUCGAAACUUGAAGUUCAAAAAUUCCUUUCUUUUAAAUAAUAUUUACUUUAUUAGGUCAGAAAUUUCUCGUUGUUAUACUUUGAGCAAAAAUUUCAAGAGCUUUUUAAGUAAAAAAAACUCCAAGAUUACGAAACUAUAUAAAAAGGAUAAAAAUUAAUAAGACCUUUUUGGGCUUUGUUUCGAUUUCUAUUGCACAAUUGUUUUCUAAUAGUCUUAAUGAACAAAAAAUAAAUUCCAUUAAUGAAUAAAAAA